UAUGGAAUUCAUAAGAUUCCAAUAAUAACGCUGCGAUCAUUACAAUGCAAUAGAACAUAACCAUCACUUUUUCGAACUGUCAAACCAAUGUCAGUACGUUGCAUAGUUGUCAAACUGAGUGUCAUCAAUGAACUAAUUCUUUGUGAUAUUAUAUACAAUUUGCAAUUGGAAAUGUAAUUUUUGCGUGAGUGUAAGAAAAUUUCACAUAACAUAGUGAUCAAAAUUCGAUUAAUCAUAAGUUGACCAAGUGACUAAUUCAGUUAACUUCAAAGGAAAGUGGAAUUUUGGCUCGUUGAGCAAUUGUAAAACAUUGUUUGCAAACAUACAGACUGGAACCAUGAAAUAUCACACAUCACCAUCAACGUCGCAAACAAAUCUGUACAGCGAUAGUUCUAUUUAUCGAAGUACAUCGCCAUUGCCACCGCCGGCCACAACUUAUUGCCUGUCGGCAACAACAAAAAGCUAUAAAUAUCUACGGAAAAUUGUGAAAUUCGAUCAAAUGGACUUUGAAUUUGCCAUGUGGCAAAUGAUUUAUUUGUUUAUAUCACCGCAGAAAUUAUACAGAAAUUUUAGCUAUAGAAAACAAACUAAAUCUCAAUUUGCUCGUGAUGAUCCUGCAUUUUUGGUUUUGUUGAUUUUGUGCCUAUUUGUUACGUCAAUUGGAUUCACAUGGACAUUAAAUCUGACAUUUGGCCAAACGUUGUACUGUAUUGCAUAUAUUGUUUUCGUUGAUUUCAUCUUGGUUGGCGUGAUUGUGACAACAUUAACAUGGCUUUUUGCGAAUCGAUACCUACGACAAAAUGCCAACGAGGCUGACGUUGAAUGGGGCUACAGUUUUGAUGUGCACAUGAAUGCAUUUUUUCCGCCACUCGUUUUACUGCAUUUUGUACAACUUAUCUUCUUCAACAGUGUUAUCAAUUCAGAGUACCUUUUCUCCAGAUUUUUCGGCAAUACAAUCUGGUUAAUUGCAAUCAUUUAUUAUGUUUAUAUCACGUUCCUAGGCUAUAACUGUAUUCCUUUCUUGAAAAACACUCGUAUCAUUUUGGCACCAAUUCCAAUCGUCAUUCUAUUCUUUGUAAUUACUUUAGUCAUCGGAUGGAAUAUAACAAUUACAUUUGUAAAUUUCUAUCACUAUCGAGUCCUGUAAAAAAAAUGAUUAAACACACCCAAAUAAGUUUCUUAUUGAUUACUAAAUGAACAAUUGAAUUAAUAAUAAAAUCAUCCUUAUCUAUAUAUCAUGUA